AUGGCUUCUGCGGGCUCUUUUCCGACCCUAGAGUCUCUGCAUUUCCCAUCGGCCCAGACGUCCAUAUCGCAGACGCUCUCUUCGCUCCGACGAUCGGCCUUGUCCGUCUCGAACCGGCUGCAAUCUAUUGAGACGGAUGCCGUGUUUGUGCGGGAGGUCGCAGAGCAUUAUGAUCUGCCCCUCGUUGCGAAUGAACGCUGUGGUAGUUGGUAUAUCGAUCCGGAAGUUAAGGUGGGCAGUGCCUAUUUUAAGAGUACGGAUGGUCAUACUGGACAAUGGGAUUUUAGCUUUCGUAGACUCAAUCUACAGCUUCUUCCUUUGGCGAAUGAGUAUGGAGGAUGUGUAAUCGUCGACUCAACCCGCCGAGGUAAACUCAUGCCAGAUGCCUUAUCCAAAACCAUCCCCAUCUGGUGCGCAGUCCUCAACCGGGCCUUAUUCCCGACACAAACAGCAUACCACGCUGUCGAGCUCCCACCAAAUUACCUCGGGGAAUCGGAAGAGUCGCAGAUCGCCAGCCGGAUUGAUGGGUUCGUCCAUUCGCUCCAGAGUCUCAAGCUCGAUCUCGAGCAUUUGCGGCAACAGCUGGGGAAACCUAUGCGCGUAGCCUGGGCUAAUCGCUCAUACUUCCAUCCAACGGACCUCCACAAGAGCCCGGAGUAUCACCUGCUGGUGCUGUGCUCAGCAUCAAAGCGCGUCCAUGGCGCAGAGAUGUCGGAGGGCGGAUACAUCCAGGGUGCUGGUGAUGACAGUGAGGCAUGGGCGCACGGGCUGACGCCGCCUGUUUUCUGGACGAACCGGCUUGUUCUCAAGCGGACGCCUGAGGAGGACUUGCCCGGUGUGAUUGCGGAUUUGGUGGGUGAGUAUACGCGCGAGAAUAUUGACCACAAGGCAUCUGUCAUCGCACCGACUCGCAAUUUGUUCAUCAGCCAGACUGAUGCGCGUGUGGAUGUCGGCGCGCAGUAUGACCUCGUCAUCGACUGUAAUGGUGAUCCUGCCGCGGUGGAAGAUAAUCCAAAGCGUCUCAAUCUGGGUUGUGCAUCGGCGAAGUUAGGUAGUCGGGACCUGCGGAAGUCGCUGGACAAAGUGCGAGACUUUGUCGGCGCACAACUGGGCUCGGAUGCGUCGCGGUCGUUGCUGGUAACCUGCGAUACGGGCAAGGAUCUCUCAGCUGGUGCAUUGCUGGCGAUCAUCUGCCUGUUUUACACUGAAGAUGGAACCUUCGAUGCUUCGCAGAACAAGCGCUCAAUCAGCAAGCAGUUUAUCCGACAGCGUCUGGCGUGGAUCGUCUCCUCUAAACAUGACGUGAAUCCGUCCCGCUCGACGCUUCAAUCAGUCAACGCUUUUCUGAUGCAGCCGCCGGAUUAUUGA